GUCAGUUAGUGUACAAGCAAGUUUGAGUUGGCAAAGAAAUUUUUACCUUCUAAUUUACGAAAUUUUCGCUUAGUGAAAAUAUUGCAAAUUCCACGUAAACUUGCCAAGCGAAAGAAAAUUAAGUGCAAACGAUAACGACUAACAGUUCUAACAUGCAUUUAAAAUUAUGAAUUUAAUUAUUUGCGAAAAGACGAAAGCGAAUGCAAAAGCAAUUAAUUAAAAUAUUAAAACACAUAGACCACAGCUUCAAUUUUGGUUAGUAAAUUGUGAAAAAUGUCUUGGGUGCAAAAUAAUGCACCACCGCCCACGCUGCCACACCAACAGCAGAAGAUUCAAGCUCCAUCGGUCGCUCCACAUCAAGAGCAACAGCCACUUAAUAUGCCACAGCACCAACAACAACAACUUUUAGCUACACAUCCAUCUCUUGCACAAGUUAAAACUGCUGCUGUUAGUAAUGCUAACGCUAGCCCGUCACCGCAAACCCUACCACCCCUUGCUAUGGCCUCCAUCAAUUCCUCGACAAGUGGCGCUUAUUUGACAAAACCGGGCUCCACCAAUAAUAAUGUUUAUCAACCUCAACAGCAUAACUCUGUACGUUCGCAAAUGGAGACCAAUGGUGCUACAACAAACCAGCAACAGCAACAGCCGGGCCACUACGUCUUGCCACAGCAGCCACAACAGCCACCAGCAGCAAGUAACAGUUGGCCGCAACAAGCUUACUUACAAACAAAUCAAAUGAUGCAAGCCAAUGCAGCCGCUGCCAACAAUAAUUGGCAACAGCAACAACAACAACAACCACCACAGCAUGUCAACAAUUUAUAUGCAUCGCAACAAAAACAUACGAAUGCAACGCAUAAUAUCUGGCAGCCACCAGAAUUACAAACAACGCCAUCAAUAAAUAAUGUGCCAACUCAGCAACUUCAACAACAAUCACAUCAACAGCAACAACAGGCAUAUCCCCAUUCAACAACAUUUGACAAUUAUUUCACUGCUAACCAAACCACAGCAACUCUGCAGCAACAACAACAAUCACCACCACCGCAGGUGACGCAACAAACACUGUAUCCACAUCCGCCGCUGCCGUCGUCGCAGCAGCGAACCGCCACUGACACCGCUAACUACUUUCAAUAUCAAAAACAACCAUCGCACCAGCAAACACAAUCAACAACAGCUGAUCUCUUCGAAAACAACAUUAAUGCGAACAAAGGCGACGGCUGGGGGGACUGGGAUUGGAAUGAUAAUGGCAAUGUGAUUGGCAGUGAGGUGGAACAUGCUCCGAAUAUGGCAAAACAACCGCCACACCCAGCACAAUUACCCAUACAGAAGCCGCCGGUGCAACAACUGCAAAAUGCAUUUGAAUCGCACGCAACGAAUUACGCUGCUUCCACUGCAAAUGUCAUUGAAGACAGUUUCGCCACCCAGGCGACCGAUAACUGGAAUUGGAAUCUUGGUGACGAUGAUAAUGCAAAUGUGAAUGUGAGUGAGAAUAGUGUGGUAGCCGUCGAUAAACAGCUAACUACAAUAAUACCAGCAGCAACACUACCACCUCAAGUGCCAACAACAGUAUCUAAUCGUCAAGCUGCAACACAAGUGCCGCGGCAAGUCGCAAAUAGCGUGCAAGUGCCUCAACAGAAAGCAGCUGAAUUUGCUGUAACCGAUGCAGAGGGCUUGAAGGCAGCAGCAGCAGCAAAUAUAGCCAAACCCUCUUCAUUGCCGCUCUCCGAAGUGACCAAUGAAAACUAUAACACCAGUGCCACUCCACUUAGCAGCGGUGGGAUAGCCAACAGCAGCAACAUUCCAAACUCCGUUUAUGUGUCACAAGCCAAACCAGUUUCACGGCCAUCCCGUCAGUACGCCUCACCACCUGGCGUUGCUAGUCCUACUAGUGAACCGUUGGAUAAUGCCCUGACACCACCACAGGCGUUUCAGAAUGAAACUACAACAUCACAACAACAACCCGAUGUUGCGGCGUCGUCAGUGACUUCUACUGCUGCGGUAAAUGCCCCACCACCUGCAAUGCCACCAUCUGGCGUUGGCGUUGCCGCAGCAGCCAACCCCUUUAAACGCGCAGGUGCCGCGCAACAUCAUCGCUCUACUGGUUUGAUGACAACGAUCAACAACGCUAAUUUCCCAACGCCACCUGCACCCCCUACACCCCAACAAUUCUCCGCUACCGCAGUAGCUACUGCUUUUGCGGUACCUCCACCGCCCGCAGAUUUCGCUAAUCCACUUAACAAUCACUUGGAACCAGAUAAUUCAGAGAUCUUACAUGAAAAUCAGGAAGUAUUGGGCAUGCCUCUUGGCCAUAACACGCAGCCAAUUUCGUUGCCAGGUGCAGAGGCACAUGCACCUUUACCACCACCGCCUAAUGAUGAGCGAAAUCAGUACUUGCAAACCAGCCCACUAUCAGAGAAUCCCGAUGAGGAAUUGAAUUUGGAGACAGAUAGUCUGCCACCACCAGGUUUAUCACGUCUUGUGUUGGGCCAACCGGAGUUGCUGGAGGCCACACAGCGUACGGUAACUGGCACCGAGGAACCAGCCAAUAUGCACUUGGAUGAGCGGUUAGCUGAUGGUGAGGAUACUUCCUUAGAGCUGGUACAGACAGUACCUCUGAUGAAUGCCUUGCAACGCAGCAGUAGUUCGGGUGCCGGUAGCUCUUCCUCCGGCAAUAACAGUAACACUAUUGAUAUUACCACUGACCGUAAUUUGUAUUUAGUGCCCGGCGAAAGUAACGUUAGCAAUGAGCCGCGCGUAGUUACUGGAGUCGAACGCUCGCCUGCGAGCAAUGCUCCAGCAUCGCCGCCACAAACUGCCAGUGGCCAACGCGAAAUAGAAUUGGACGGCGAAAAUAUAGAAGAUCAACAACAAGAGCAGCACCACACGGCGCCGCUGCUAACCGUGAACAGCCGUGAUGAGCCGCCUUUAGAGGGCGCAGCGGCUAGUGUGGAGCCACAACCUCUAUCAACCGACGACAACCAGGAUGCGCAUCACCAACACCCCCUCCAUCAUCAUCACCAAGCACAGACACAACACUAUCAUCAUCAACACCAACAGCAGUCGUCAAAAUCGAAUGCUUCUACGGGAAAUGAUGAGAGUGAUCCAAUGCCAGCUCAUCAGCGUCAACACCACCACUCUACACGUUACACAGGUGCCGGCAAUAAUAAGUCGCGCAAACAUUCGACUGAUGAAUUGGAACGCAAUAUUAGUGAACGACCUCAGCAGCAGGUACGUCGUGAUAAACAACGUAGUUCUGUCGAUCGUUACGAAAGUGAUCUCGACGAAUCCGAACCUUACUCUAGCGAUCGUGAGCGUGAACGUGAACGUCGACGCGCCUAUAGGGAGGGGAGCGUACGAAGUGAUCGUGAUCGUGAAGAGCGCGAAUAUGCUAAGGAAAAACGUCGCCGCGCUGGUGAGCGAGCAGAAAAGCGAGAUGAACGCAGCGCCGGCGAACGUGAGAAAGUACGCGACAAGUAUUAUGCACGUGAUAGUGGUAAAAGCGAUACUCAACGUCGCAGUGAUGGGCGGCAUAAACGACAGUACGAAGAGGACAUUGACGACCUAAGUACACGCCGCAAAGAGCAGACACGCCGCAGUGGCGGACGCCAUCAUCAUAGCGAUGAGCGUGGUGGAGCGGGGCGCAGUGAUCGCAGUGAACGCGAAUAUGAUGACUACAAUCGACGUCACCGAGGCUCAACAAAACGUGGCGAAAAGAUCAAUGAUGAUCCGCGCGAUAUACGACGUAGUACAUAUGUGGACGAUGAGCGUCGAGAGCAGCGGCGAACUCGGCGCGAGCGUGGCAGUGAUUAUGACACACUGGAGCGCCGCCAUCGUGGCACUGGAGGGGAUAAAUUGUCCCGUGGUGAACGCGAUCGGGGUGAUCCCCGCGAAUAUGAUGAGUAUCGCAAACAAAGUUCGCGCAACGCACGCGAAAGUGAUUUAGAGAAGGAGCGCGCACGCUAUGAUCCACGCAAUGCUGCUGCGGUCUCUAUGUAUGGAUAUCCUCCAUACAACUAUGAUCCCUACGCCAGCUAUUACUACGAACAAAUGGCGCGCACCAACCCUCAAGCGUACGCAGAGUGGUACAAGAAAUAUUACAGUCACGCCACGGCAGCGGCACAUCAGGGAAUCAGCGCACACGCCGCAUCGGCAGCGACGGCGGCUGGCGGUGAUCAUGGUAGUUUGAAUAGCAGUUCUUUGGCAGCAGCUACUGCAGAUGGGCGUGAAUCAGUGCACUCGGGUCGCAGUUCGGUGCAAAAUGACAAGGAGCGGUAUACACAUGCAUAUAUUUCACAAGCCAAUGAAUACCAUCGUCAUUUGCAACAACAACAGCAACAACGGCAACAUCAGGAACAAAAGCAUCACAGCAAAUACAAUCAACAGCAUUUAAAUAUGUCGCUAAAUCCCACAUUACUAGAUGACGGCAGCAUGUAUGGCAUUGGUGGCAGAGAAACUUUGCGAGCUGCACGAUCCACAAGCAAUCUCUCUCAGAUAGGCAGCGGGAUCAGUGCUAUUGGUGGCGGUUGCGGUGCCGGCAAUGCUUUCACAGCAUACUACGCUGGCGUUGGUGGUGUUGGUGCUGCUUACUAUGCGCGAUCCGAUUAUGCGGAGUCCAGAUCAGGUCAUUUGUCACUUCGCGAUGCCGAUGUCAUCGCUGAACCCGAUCCACAAAGACUCACGCCACGUAAAUUCGUUAAUGAACACGCGAUUGUUUCACUAUCGGCCGGCAUACUAGUAACCGUUAAACCGAAGUACACAUCACAUGGCGCUAUUAGUAACAUUGUGAAAUUGCAACGCUUGGGUGCCAACGAUGCGACACGCCAACUCUUCCAGGCCUAUCCCGGACCGUUGGUACGUGGCCUUACACAUAAGAAGACUAUUAUCGAAUUCUGCGAAGAUCAAAUUCGUCUGGGCCCCAUGGAAACUACUAUCUAUGCUAAGCAACUGGUGUGCAAUAAUAUUGAGAAAUAUCGUGGCUCCUAUACAUUAAUGUGGCAACUGUUGAUAUUGUUGUUGCGUCAAAAUGGAAUGGUCGUAGGCACUGAUAUAGCUGAAUUGCUGCUAAAAAAUCAACAGCAAUUUCCCUAUGAAGCAGUAGAAAACACUGAAGGUGAUGGCGAUGGCGAUUCAUCUGCGAAAAGUGGUGAUGAAGAAGUUGUGCAAGACAAGCAAGUCAUUGAUGCCGUUGCGAGCGAGCAAGAUGUCGCGUCCGCCCCCAAGCAGAUUUUAAAAACCUCGUCAACCAUCUCAAACCCUCCAGGACUAACUGAUGCGGAAAUAACCGAUAAGUUCCGUAACUAUUUGCUCUAUGGCAACGUGAAUGAAGCGCUUGACUGGGCUACAGAUAACAAUUUAUGGGGACACGCACUCUUUUUGGCCUCUAAAGUGGACCGUCGUUCGCAUGCUAAUGUCAUGAUGAAGUUUGCCAAUAAACUUUCCCUAAAUGAUCCACUUCAAACACUCUAUCAGCUGAUGAGCGGCCGUCAGCCGUCAAGUGUGACAAGUGUACAGGAUGAGAGGUGGGGCGAUUGGCGACCACAUCUUUCAAUGGUUCUUUCAAAUACGUCACAAAAACCAGAAUUGGAUCGCAAAUCGAUAACAACCCUUGGUGAUUCGUUAUUUAAUCGCGGCGACUUAUAUGCCGCUCACUUCUGUUAUCUAAUGGCACAAUUAGGGUUUGGGCGUUAUCAAGAGAGUGCUACACAGGAGACCACCUUACAACAGCACUUGCCAAAACUCGUUCUGCUUGGCUCAUCACAUUAUAAAUCUUUCAACGACUUCGCGACCAAUGAAGCUAUUAUGAUGACAGAAAUUUAUGAGUAUGCCUGCUCAUUGAACGAUGAUAAAUUCUCGCUAGUUGAGUUUCAGCCUUAUAAAUAUAUGCUGGCUACGCGCUUGCUGGAUUAUGGCUACAAUUUACGUAGCUUAAUGUAUUUUGAACAAAUUGCGUUGCAUAUACAAGCCGAUCCGAGCAAAUAUGAGUCGAGCUUUAUAAAUAAGAUCUACGAAUUUGCUGAUCGCCUCAAAUACUACGAUCCGGUGUUGGAACGUUCCAUGGAUGAUCAACAACAACCGGUUGAUGGAAAUUUGAAUAAUAGCCAGUUGGCAAAUUUCGAGGAACAAAAAUGGUUGCAGGAUUUGCGUUCCAUUGCUGUGCAGCAUAAGGUCGAGUGCAGUGCUGGUGGGCAAAUCGCUGAAACCCAGAGUCAAAUUGAUCAGCAAUUUGUCGAGCUGAAUAAACAAUUUAACGAGCUGAAUAUGCAAUAUAACAGUCUUGGCAAUGUGGAGCAAACGCCAACCUUCUAUAAUCCAGAGACACUGCAGCAACAGCAACAGCAACAACAACAACAACAACAACAACAACACACCGAUCCCUCUGAUGAUCAUUAUAAUCAGCAGCAAAAACAACAGCAGGCAGCGCAGAGCGUUGAGCAAGAAGCUGCACCAACGGCAGAUGCCAGUGAUGCAUAUAGUUAUUAUAACCAACAACAACAGCAACAGCAACAAUAUAUGCAACCGACAGAGGUGCAGCAACAGCAACAACAUGAGCCACACUCAAUUCCUUAUUAUGAUCCCAACCAACAACAGUCACAUCAACAGCAUUAUCAAGGCUAUGGCGCUGAAGCUUUAGAUGCACAAAAUAAUGCUGCCACAUAUGAUUAUUGGAGCCAACAACAACAGCAGCUGCAAUCCCAACCACAUGCUGGUUAUGAUGAUGAGUAUGAACACGCUACAAGAGACGAUGAAGAGGAUGAUGACGAUGAUGAGCCAACAACAAGAACAAGAGCGCUGAGAAAAUCAGCAUUGCAAGAUAUUGCCGGAAGGGUUGAGGCGACUAUAAAAUCAGUUGAAUCAGUGGAGUUACAGCAACAACAAACACCCGCCAUGGCAACGGCAGCGGUAACAAAAACAAAUAUAUUUAAAACUCAAUUGGAGAGUGUUAGAAAGCUGCAACAACAAGGCGACCUUCCGUCGGGUAUAACCGCAGCCGCAGCCAAAUUGUAUAAUAGCUAUGAUGGACCGCAAACACGUGUCGCCCAGAAGCCGAACACUAAUCACAACAAUAACAACAAUAACAUCAACACUAGCAACAAUUUGAAGCAACAGCAACAGACGCAGCAAAGACAACAACAACAGCAUUUGGCAAAUUUGGCUACAUCUUUUCUCAGCACGCCACCCGAAAGCUCGCGGCCCACCAUAUCAAUGCCGAAAUCCAAAAAUUAUGACUCGGAUGAGCAGCAGCAAAAACAGCAAGUGCAACAAAAAGAAGUCGGCAGUAAGCAGAGCGAAUCGUUGCUGGGUGGUAAAGCUGAUGGCGGAAAGCAGGCGAAUAAAAGCUCCCAGCAGGGCAAUCAAAACUCCGGCUGGUUCGGUGGUAUUUGGAAUAAGCUUUCACUCAAACCGAAAAAUCAGAUGAUAUUGCCCGAUGAUAAAAAUCCAAGCAUUGUUUGGGAUCCCGAGAAGAAACGCUGGGUAAAUACCGAUGGCGAUGAAGCGACUGAAGAAAGCUUUAAGCCGCCACCCAAAAUGAGCGAUUUGAUGGCACAAGCAGCGCCACCGGCAAUGGCAGCACCACCAGUAACUGUACCACAGUCAUAUGCUCCACAACAGCUGCAGCUGCAGCAGCAACAACAACCUCAGCAACACCUACAGCCACAGCCUAUAGCACCGCAUCCCUCACCAUUGGUCGACACGCACCAAUAUACAGCAGCAACUGCGCAGCCAGCAGCACCAGCCCCAGCACCCUCAGUCUCACCAGCGCCCGUUUCCAGUUACAGCGCGCAUGCAUUGACCGGCACCGAAGCACCGGUGGGCGCUGCCAAAACACCCAGUUUGCAGUCGAACAUGUUCAAAAUGCAACGAAAUCGAACUUUGAAGAAUUCCUACGUUGACGUGUUUAAUCCCUCAGGUGCGCCCAUGAAAUCGGUGGAGAACGUGAUGGCUCCGGCAUUGCCACCCGCUGCAGUGCCCCAAAGUGGCUUCUUCAUACCGGGAGCAGUGCCUGCAGCUGCAACGACAGCGGACCAUAGCGAUGCUGGUGUAUAUCAGCAGCAACAACAAGAUGUGCCACAAUUCUACAAUCCAAAUCAAUUCAGCGGCGGUGCUUAUUAGUUAAGUCAGCGAGCAUUCUCUUACAUAUGCAAACACACACACACACAAACAAACACAUUCAGCUUAUAUAACCAAAAAAUGGUGGUAAUAAAAUAGGCAUUCACAUAAAUAGCUAAGAUAUUUAAAAAUUUUUUAACAAAACUAUAAAAAACUGAGAAUAUUAAAUUGCGUAAAAAGUGAAAAAUAACAAAGGUUUGAAAAUUGAAAACAAAACAACACAGCAACACAGCAACAAUGAAUAAAAUAUACAUAUUCAGAUUGUUUUGUGUGUUUACCGUGUGGUUCAGUGCGAGAUUGCUGUGUAUAUACAUUUGUAUAGCGCUAUGUAUCAUUAUGUAUUGUGUACUAGCAACGAAAGAAAGACGAGAAUUUGAAAACUAAUAAGAGCAGACUAUAUACUAUAUAUAUAUAUGUACAUGUUUUAAAAACAACAGUAUAAGUUAAGCUAAAAACUAGAAAAAA